AUGAAGGACAUCACGUCACUUUCCAACCGACCCGUCCGGAACCAGCUCUACCCUAAAAAGCGCCCCUCUCCUCAUCGGGAUGGCGUUCAAAAGCCCCGCUGUAAAGACACUUCAGCCACCUCACGUAGGACACCAGCAGUCAUCAAGGCUGAGCUUCAGCGAUUACGACACCGCGAAGCUCAGCUUGCUGCCUUUCGAAGAGAGGGUAUCUAUGUGGAGGAAGAGUAUCGCGAAGAGAUUUGCUGUUACAUGCAUGAAAUGGAGGUCUACACAAUGGGUUCCGCUUCUGCGAUGGACCAACAGCCCGAAAUCAAAUGGGCAAUGCGUCCGUGCCUUGUCGACUUCCUCAUCGAAAUCCAUUUUACCUUCCGUCUUCGUCCCGAGACCCUCUACCUCACAAUGAAUAUUGUGGACCGUUACGUAUCUCGUCGCAUCGUCUAUACGAAACACUAUCAACUUGUCGGCUGUGCAGCAUUAUGGAUUGCUGCCAAAUUCGAGGAUGCGAAGGAACGUGUACCGACUCUCACUGACCUUGUAGGCAUCUGCCGCGACACAUACGAUGAGUCUGCCUUCAUACAAAUGGAGGGACAUGUCCUUGCUACCAUACAGUGGACUCUGGGCCAUCCAACAGCAGAAGCUUGGCUCCGGUUUUACUGCUGUGGUUCGUUUGAAGAAAGUGUGAAGGUUCAACACGUUGCCAGGUUCCUCAUGGAAGUCACUUUGUUUUACCGCGACUUCAUCAAAUAUUCACCUUCUGCCGUCGCACUUGCAUCGCUGAUUCUUGCGCGGCACGUCUGUCAGGAGCCAAGGCGGAUUUAUGAUGAACCUGCAUCUGUCACGGAGAUAAUUGAAUUGCUCGAUAGCCGACUGUCAAGGAAUAUUGCGGACUUGUCGGAGAAUCUUGUCAAGAAAUACUCGUACCCUUUCUACUCGAAAGCGUCGACGUUUACCGUGCAGUGGUAUCUGACGGGAAACCGAUUCGUACGACAGGUCAUUCCGUGCUUGGUUCCGACAACGCCUGUGUCGCGGAACCCAUUAUCAGCGCUCAGUACUCCCAUGAGCUCGAUGUCUGUGUCUACAGAUUCCUCGUCAGAUGACGUUGACAUGCCAGUAACGCCAACGAGUCCCGCAUACGCUGGAGAUCCAUUCCUGGUCACUCAACCUCUUCACACCGCUAAAAGCGACAAGGAGAAUGUUCCGAUGACCGGUGAACAGACAGUAGUAACCAAAUAUGCCAAUGCUGCGGAUGAUUGUGCACCACACGAUUACUAUGCUCGACCUGCGUUGCACGAUCGCAAUGUCCUCGCUGCUUCUCCUCUUCGUCAAAUUUCAUAA